CUGAGCCUUACCCUCUACAACCUUCAUUUCAGUGCUUCAAGUGUACGCAUCGGCUCCGCCUGUAAUCCAUGAGCGCCUGAGGCAUCUGAUGUCCUUGCUCUAUCGUCUGCUGAAAACUAAAACCUUAGUGGAGACGCCCCUCCAAGAUCUGCAAACCAUCAAGCUGGCUAACGAAUGCAGACUUCCUCCACUCUCCGGUAUCGCUGAAGCACGGGACCUCUCACGACAAUAAGCCCAGCCAUCAAACAAGACAGUACCAGAAAAUCAGAACCAAGCCGGAUGAAGCAUAGACAUAACUUGACCUCUUUACCGGAGGAGAUACUCCUAUGCAUCAUAUCAUGGCUUGACCCGCCGGCAAUCGUGAGCCUGCAGCUCACAUCGAAGCACCUCCUGAGACUGUGCAGAGAUAACAGCUUCUGGCGGCAGCUUGCGCUUUCGCCAGCCGCUCUGUCCAGAUAUAGACAGCUCGUGGGCGGCGGCAGCCACCAGGCCGGCAACGGCAUCACCGCCGUCCACAGAAACAGCAAUCCUCUUGACGUCGUCGUCAACACCAGCGACUCCUGGCGAGAUGAUGCUUCCGCCGAGGACCAACUACUCCUCCGGUCCUUGUCGGGCAAGCAGCAUGCCCGCGUGAUCGCGAAUUGGGACACCACGUUCCCACAGGAAGACCCGCGGUGGUAUGAUGAGUACAUCCACCGUUUCGCGCCCAUUGCCGUCAACUGGCCGCAGCAGCCCAUGACGAAAGACGGCAGCGGGGGAACGGCUGCCGGUUGUGCUGUGCCGAUUGAUGUUCGGGGUCUUGCUUUGUACAGGCCACCGUCACCCGCUGGCGAUGGGGCCCAUGCAUAUGCUGUGAGUCCACUCGAAGAUGGGUCAGUCUGCCUGUGGGAUGUGAAGGGCAGCGAUGUGAGGAGGAAAGGGAGUAUCGUGACCCAGAGCAAGGCGGGUAUGCUGUGGGAGCAUGUCCCUCCUCAUGGCUACCCGCGGCGUUCGACUGUCACGGAUCCUGGAAUCUUGGAAAGCGUAUCGUUGGAUGAUCAUCGUGGCAUCGCGUUCUUCGCGAUUGGGCAUGUGCUUGUCGAGGUCGACCUCAAAGUCAUGCGAGUCAUUAGUGAGAAGCAGUACGACUUCUCGAUCAAUACUCUUUCGUCGAUACAGCCCGGAAUUCCCCUCACUGUCGGCACGACACUCGGUCUCCACAUGAACGACCACAGAACACCAUCUCAUAAUCUAGACCCAUACGCCGCCCUGCCCCAGCCUGGACCGAUUGCUAUAGAGCACCUCGAGGUAUCAGGCCGCCCAGCUCAAAUAUCUAAUGACUUCCUCGUCGCCGGCCGGUUUUCGAAUAUUCUUCACUAUGACCGGAGGCAGUUCCCAAAGAUCCAGGGCUCGAUUUAUUCUGGCGCCAAGUUAUGCAGCAUGGCAUCACUUCCAUAUUCAAUGUCAUACAUCAGCAAUGAAGAGCGUAGGAGCUUUUCGCUGACAGAGGAUGAGAUACAGGCGGCCAAACGCGAGGCUGGACGAACACUGAUUGCCUGUGGCGAGUACAAGUCGAAGGGCUCUUUGGAGAUCUACGGGCUCUCUGAUUCGAGCAAACACUUGUCGAGUGCCGCGAAUCAGCAGAAGCCCAUAAGAAAUCGCGUCACAGCUGCAGCAGCCAAAGUCCUCUACUGUGCAAAUCACGGUAACCGCAUCGUCUACUCGGACGGACAGGGCUAUCUGAAAUGGGUUGAGCGCGAUGGGUUCUCCGAAGCCCGUCGUCACAAGAUUGGCCAGUCCGAGCGAGCCUCUCAGUCGUCUUUAUUCAGAUCUAUGCCUGGCUCUGACGACAUUGCAAUGAAGAUACUCUCGACCCGGACGACAUCGGGCGGGGUGGCUGAAGACACGCAGGCAAAUUCCGACGACAUCCUGUUCUGGACCGGUGACAAGCUUGGUCUGGCCACGUUUUCAUCAAAGCCUGCGUUCUUCGCUGAAGACUUUUGGGAAGGCACCAAGGAUGAUCCUGACGCGGAAGCUGAGCAGUUGUACAGCGAGAGGAUGCGGCUCGCACUAGAGCGUCAAGCGCAAGACGUCCACUUUGUGAGAGAGCUCGGCGCCGGCAGCCUCGGCGGAGGAUUAUAGAAGUGGCAUUAUCGACAGUCUGCCAGAUUAGUUCGUACAGCCAACGAGAAUGCUGGAACAGAACCUCACGGUGCCCCGCAAGUCGCU